AUGGAAAUUUAUAUGAUGGUGGAUGAAGAUGAAUAUGAUGAACACUUAGUUGGAGAGAGAAAUAUUUUUGGUUCAUGGUUGUUUUGGUUUAAAGCUUGGCUUAAGUUUGUGAACAGAGGCUUGGUUAUGUCACGUGCAGGGAAAUUUAACAAGGAGCGAUUUGCGAGUUACUUGGCUCAUGAAUGGAUCAAGGCUUUUUCGCAUGGGCGAUUUAGCAAGGAGCGAUUUGCAAGUUACUUGGCUCAUGAAUGGAUCAAGGCUUUUUGGCAUGAAGGCAACCGAUGUGGGCGUACCCUAGAGGAUAUGACUCCCACUCGCAGGAACACAAUCCAAGUCAACCUUGUACGAGUACCUUUUCAACUCAAAGAGUUAGCAUCAAGGGUCCCUGAGAAUUCUCCAUUCACCAAAAGACAUGGACGACUUCUCAACUUGGUUACCUCAAGCUUUGAUGAAGAUAUUAUGAAGGUGCUUUUCCAGUUCUUUGAUCCUUUGCACCAUUGCUUUACCUUCCCCUAUUACCAUCUUGUACCAAUUACGGAAGAAUUCUCUUAA